CAAGUUUUUUGCCUGCAUAUUCAGCAAAUAAAACCAAGUUAACUCUGUGAAUGACACUCAUUCUUUCUCAGGCUCCCUGGUGUGACUUCGCUGUUUUUCCUGCAGAAAGUGAGGCAUGGAUAUCCAGAUGGUCAAUUCCAUGGACUUUGGGGAGUUUGUUGAUGUUUUGGGGAACAUUAUAGAGAAAUGCCCCCUGAUUGCAGCAGCCAUCUGGUCCCAGCGCCCAUUCACGGACUUAGCUGAUUUAGAGAAGCAUGUGUUUGAUUUCAUUGAAGCCCUUCCACAAUCAGGGAAAGAAGGGAUCCUGAGGUGCCACCCAGACUUAGCGGGCCGGGAGCUGCAGCAGGGAACGCUGACUCCGGAGUCCCAGAGAGAGCAGAGGGGCGCUGGCCUGAGCAACCUGGGCCCGGAAGAGAGACGCCGGCUGGACCAGCUCAACUACGAGUACAAAGCGCGCUUUGGCUUCCCCUUCGUGAUCGCGGCGCGACUCAGCGACAAGGCCACUAUGAUGAGGGAGCUGGAGCGCCGACUGCGCAACCAGCCCGCCCAGGAGUUGCGCGCAGCCCUGCACGAGGUGCGCAAGAUCUGCCACCUCCGCCUGGAGGACAUCCUGCGGUCCCCGGGGGAUCCGGCCAAACUGUAGAACUCUAGCGGUGAGGGAGUGAAGGGGGAGGGAGGGGGGCGGUGACAAUGGGAGGCGAGCAAUGGAGGAGCCUAACUUCAAGUUAGAAAAUAAGAACCUUCAUCAUCAGAACAGCGUGCUUUGCCCAGGUGCCUAUCCAAAAACAGGAUGCGAACUCACAGGUGAUGGAAGUGUGCGCAAGCAUGAACUGAAUUGAGCAAUCGAGGCAACUAGCCAGACACGUCAAGAUCUCCAAUUCAAUGGGUCACAGUAGCUUGAAAUUUAGGUGGGCUUUGCAAGGAAUUAGCCAGUUUAUUAAUAAUGCGUGGUGAUGAGAAGCAUCAUGAUAUGGUAAAGAGCUGGCCUCAGCGUCAAGAAGACCUCAGUCGAAGUCUCAAACACUUCUAUCUAAUAUACAUUCCCUACUGUCUGACCCUGGGCAAGUCACCUAACCUCUCUAUAAGACUAUAAAUCGCAGAGUAAUUGCUGAUCGCAUUGAUAGGCAGUUCUAUCACUGGGAGUUCUCUACAUUAAUGAAGUUAACAGUCUGGACAAGGUUUUAAAAUACCAGAAAUAGUUAUACAAUUCCUUUAAUAAAAAGCACUUUCCUUAAGGAAAAAAAAAACAUGCAAGGUAGGCAGUAGGCAUCUGCUACUUUUUUUUUUAACAGAUAAGCAAGCUGAAGUUUGAGUUUGAGUGACACAGUUAAGUGGGGAGGGGGGCAACGAAGCGAAUGAAGUCUCAAUUCCCCUUCACUUUGAGCUUGUUGACACAAGACCUCAUGGAUUCUUAAGCUUUUACCUCACUAUGCAUUUUCCAACCUGCUCCCAGUAAUCCUGGAGCAAAAGUGAGGCCUGAAAGGGGGGGGUCUUUUUUCACACCCUUGUUCAUUUGUUUUUUCUUCUCUUCUCAGACUUGCAAUACGCUAAAUGUUUGCAUUUGAGGGGAAAUGUUGCUCUCCCCUUAGGCAUCCAACAGCACCUGCUUUAACAGAAGAGUGGCUAUUUUAGAGGAUGGAGGAAUGAUGGUGAGAGAGAGCUGGGCUAGAAGGAAUAGCUCCCCGAAGACUGGGUGGGGGUGACUCCUGGGAGAAUUACCGAAAACCUUAGUAGCUUAGGGCUUAGUAGCUUUAGAGAAGGUUCUCUUCAAGAAUGACUGCUAGUUCAAGAGCUUGGUGGAUCUUGGAUAUCUAAGUUGUGUGGUUUCACCAUGUAUGAAUAAGGAACCAGCUGCUUCUAAGCCGUUGUUCAAAGAUAGGGUAAUACAGGACUGGACACACAGCCACACUAUUGAACCAUUCCUCUGCUGUGAUGAAAUGAAAUCAAUCAUUCAAUGAUUUUUAUUGAGUUUACUCUACAAAAUAGUGAGCUGGGCUUUGUUGAGAUAUAUUUUUUAAAAUCUGCCCGAAGUCAUACAACUAAGAUCCUCAAGGAUCUUGCAAUUUAGGUAAUAUAGAGAAAUCGCUCUCCAGAAAAGUAUUUAUUGGCAAAUCAAGUGACUCUCCUGCAGUCCCUAAAUUAACCAUUUUUCAGACACUGAUUGCUAUCUGGGGAUUUGCUGGACCUAGAACUAGAAUAAAAAGGAACUCAUCAAACGUUUUGAACAAUCAAUGUGUUCUCCACUAGUUGUUUUAUUCUUCCUGUUCUUCCAUCAGUCACUAAGUAUUUAUUAAGUACCUAAUAGUUGUCUAGCACUGUGCUAACAUGCUUGGCAAAGACAAUGCCUUCCUUGGCAUUGAGGAGAGACAAACUCCAAUGUGGCUAAUGUGGCUGACAUUCAUGCCUGGGGUGGGCUUUGUUAGAAAGGGAGCAGAAACCUGAAGAAAGGCAAGGCAAGGCAGAGUUUACUCCCACCAUAGGCCUGGGAGGUAAAAGACAUUUAAUGGGUCACAAAGUCAUUGGACAUCUUAACCUAUUCUUCGACUACUCCCCAAAUAACAAUAUCCCAUAAAUCACAUUUGUUUCUGAUGUAAUUGGUUGGUUCCUAAUUCAGGAAUUUGAUUUUACUUGAUUAAGCACAUUUUUACAAGGGUUUUUAUUUUCUUUUUCAACCUUAGGGAGGAAGAGUUGAGAGUGAGAGAAAAUCGAUUUUUGUUAGUUGGAAAAAGUAAAAUCAUGUCUCAUUUAAUCUUCAAAACCCUGUGAGAGAGUGAGGUCAACUAUUAUUUUCUCAUUUUUGUCCCAGUUCAGGUUCAGUGGGUUCCCUAAAGUCACACAACUAGUAUGUGACAGCUGGGGCUUAAAUCAAAGAAAAUCCAGUUCAGUACUCUUUCCAUAAUAUCAUGCUUGUAGAUAGGUGAGUUGGAAGGUUAUCUUCCUUUCCAAGCUCUCUGCAAAUUGGCUCAGCUGUGAUUCCAAGACAUGGAUCCCUGUUCAUGACUUUCUGAGUACACUGGAGCCCCAUCUUAGAGCUAUAUGACUAGGCAGUGAGACUAAUUAGUUCCAGCUAUGUCAUGUAUGGGCCUGAGCUUCAGAGGGAUGGGCAUUCCUGAGGCCAGGGCUUUAGAGGGGCUUUCUUCAAGACAACCUGACUGGUGAACAGCUGCCUCCAAAGCCUGAAAGGGAAUUCAAUUGACCAAUUUUAAAUUUUGGAGUUUGGGAGUUGGAAAACCAUUGCCCCGUGUUAUAUAAGGAAAUUGAUUCAUACCUAAUAAUAUGUGAAAGCCUAGCCACUAUAUGGGAAGUUUUCUAUUUUCCUUUUUUUUUGGCUUUCAAAAUAAGAUGCAAAUGACAAGAUUCAAGCCAAAACUUCUACACCCCUCCCCCUUCCCUUUUGAAAGCAUGGCUAUAGAACAGAUCUGAAUCUCUCAGGGCUCCGACCCUGGGUUUCCAAUGAUGUUUCGUGAGUUCAAAGCCCGUCCAGAGGGCAUUGUUUAUUCAUGUUGACCCUCUAGUAGAACAGACGCUGAAUCCAUUCCUCUCCGAGGAACUAAGAAACCCGGGAAACAAAAAUGCCUACCCUUGUCCCAGGGAUUCAGAUCUUCUCCUCCUAGAGGUUACCCACCUGGGAAGUAACCCGGCCAGAGCGAAGCCAGGUGAGGGAGGCCGCCAGAACAUGCACUUAAACGCUAUUCCUGGGCGUCUCUCCCCUGGUUGCGACACAACGGCUUCGGCUUAAAGAAUCCCAGGGAAGUUUAUCCGUGAAAAGCUUAAAGACUAGACAGACUCUCUCAUUACUUUACCUCUUCAUCCCUCCCUACCCCCAACCCCCUCCAUCUCUUAGAAGAAAUUGAGACUAUUUCUCUCUUGUUCUUGCUGGAGGCGCCAAACGCUGAAAAUAGUCCCUGAUGACUGAGGCCAUAUUCCUAUAAAACACUUUCUUGCUCAGAUCCCAAAGGCCCCCUGGUACAGUCCCAUCCUGUGUGUUCUGCUCGUGUCUAAUUUUAUGAUGCUUUACCUUAUCUCCGGUUUUGUGUAUGUAGUGUAUACAAGGACUGGCACACCACGCGCUAAAUAAAUGAAAAUCAAUUAAGCAAAACAA